UCUACUGCCUUUGAAUGUCCAACAGUGCCAAAUCUACGGAUAAGCCUAAGGUCGUCGGCGGAUCCAAUACCGAUUCAAGAUCGAAUGGAUCACUUGCCGCAGACGCAACGUUGCCAGCAUUGUUGAAGGAGUAUCUUCCCAACGAGUCAGAGGUUCAGCAAACGAUCAAUACCAAGAUACAAGGGAGGAAAGUACAUAUUGAUGCAGCAGAUACGACGAAUCGGCCAAAAAAGAAGCCGGCCAAAUCCAAAAUCAAGAGGAUCACUUCACGAGAAAAACGCCAGCUCGGUCUAUACACCAUCCCGAAGCAUUGUCAUCGAUACGAUCUCUUUUUACCACUGCAUGAACUUUGGAAAGGUUAUAUGGAGGAAUUACUGGGUAAUACGACCAGCGCUUUGGUCCAUUCACAAAAGCUGAUCAAAGCAGAUUACCAAGGCGCUAUAUUAAGUGUGGUCAAAAGUAAAUCUCCAAGCUAUAUUGGUACCUCUGGUAUUGUCGUCCAGGAAACCGAGAGCAUGUUGAACAUCAUUACAGCCGACAACAAGUUAAAACACAUACCCAAGGCGGCAAGUAUCUUCAACAUGACGGUGAAAGGGAACACCUUUGCCAUUUACGGAAACCAAAUACGAUUUAGAGCGGCUGAACGAGCAACGCGAAAGUUCAAAGUAAAACCCACCAUCGACUUGUAAAUAGAACAUUAGAAACUGAGAUCGUGCAAUACUUGCUGUCGCCUUCAUACCGAGAUAAAAUAUUACCAUAAAAAUGUAUUAAGCUCAGCAGCCGCUUGUG